GUGACGUUAAUCGGAACACGUCGGCAGUGGAGGCGCUGAAGUGUUUACGGUGUCUCCUCAGGUGUCGGGCUCAGUGAUCUUCACCUGAAGCGAUGGCCACUCCAGGUGAUCUGCAGUUUCAAGAGUUGGAUGAGGCUGCAGAGCUGCUGUCUGCUGACCCCCAGGCCUCCACCCUCAGCCUGGCUGCCUCCACCCACACCGGCAGCAGGGCGGCGGACGUGAAGCUGGAGCUGUCGGAGGACGAGGAGGGCCAGGAGGAGAGCUCAGAGCUCCUCGGAGGAGAGAAAUCAAGAGGAGGCUUCUGGACCUUCGAGUACUAUCAGUCCUUCUUUGAUGUGGACACCAUGCAGGUUCUGGACCGCCUGAAAGGCUCAGUGAUGCCUCUGCCUGGGAGAAACUUCAUUAAACACCACUUGAAGAGCAACCCCGACCUCUACGGUCCCUUCUGGAUCUGUACCACCCUGGUGUUCUCCGUCGCCAUCAGUGGGAACCUGUCCAGCUUCCUCAGCCAGAUGGGAGACCCGUCCUACCACUACCGGCCCCAGUUCCACCGAGUCACGGUGGCGGCGGCGGCCAUCUUCCUGUAUGCCUGGCUGGUGCCUGGGGCUCUGUGGGGGUUCCUGCUGUGGAGGCUGGGGGGCGACAGGCCGGUCGGAGGCUACUCCUUCCUGGAGACCGUGUGUGUCUACGGCUACUCCCUCUUCAUCUACAUCCCCACAUCAGUUCUCUGGAUCAUUCCUUUGGAGUGGCUGCGCUGGACGCUGAUCGUGGUUGCCAUGGUGAUUUCUGGUUCCGUCCUGGUCCUGGCCUUCUGGCCCGUGCUCCGGGAGGACACCAGGCUGAUGGCGGGCGUGACGCUGGCGUCCAUGCUGGUUGUGCAGGUGCUGCUGGCGGUGGGCUGCCAGCUCUACUUCUUCCAGACCGCUCACGUCCCGGCCGGAGCCCCCACGCCCGCCCCGGUCCUCCACCCUCUGACCAGCAGGCCCACCUGAGAGCCGGGCGCCGUGCACGGGGCCACGUGCGCAGUGGCUGCAGACUGCGAAUGUUGACCCGUCAUCUAGCUGGACUGAAGCAGAACCACGCUGCUUCAGUCGGCUCAGAAUCAACGGUGUGUUUCAGCGCGGGGCAAACCUUCUGGUGACGGUGAAAUCUGUAGAACUGUGGUUCAAAUCUAGAACAGCUGCUGGAGAAAAAACCCUGAAAGUGUAGAAUAAAGAAAUCAGCAGCAGCUAAAAGACAUCCGUUUGAUAAACAAAGACAAGGUGGCUGUGGACCAGUCCUGCCGGGGGGGGUGUUUAUCCAGUUAUUUAUUCUUCUUAGCAUUCGUCUGUGUGUAAACUGAGAAACCAGCAGAAACACAUUGACUAAUAAGUCAAUGUGUAGGUAUUUAAUAAUUUAAUUAGUCCUUAAUGAGUGUUGGGGGCUUUCUCAUUCUCCAUCUGACAGACUGGGGGACUCUCCACCUGUGGUUCUACUGAGGAAGUGUCAAUAAACAAAGGUCCUUUACCCU